ACACAUUUCAAAGCAUCCACAAACCUGUAGGCAGCAGAAACAUUCACAGAGUAUAGUUUUGUGAAUGUAAACUUCUCUCAAUGGCAAUGGAUUCCAAGAAGGAAAUCUGUCUUAAGAGAGAACUUGGAUAUUUCUGGGGGACAAAUUUUUUAAUUAUUAAUAUAAUUGGCGCAGGAAUAUUUGUGUCCCCCAAGGGAGUGCUAGAGCACUCUUCCAUGAACGUUGGAGUCUCCUUGUGUGUUUGGGCUGUCUGUGCAGUGCUGACCAUGACCAGUGCUCUCUGCUCUGCAGAAAUAGGAAUAACCUUCCCGUACAGUGGGGCUCACUAUUAUUUUUUAAAGAGAUGCUUUGGCCCUGUCGUGGGAUUCCUGAGACUUUGGACUACUUUGUUUCUCGGCCCGGGCAUACUUGCGAGCCAAGCUCUGCUACUGGCUGAGUAUGGCAUUCAGCCUUUCUAUCCCAGCUGCUCUGCCCCGACUCUACCAAAAAAAUGUCUGGCCCUGGCGAUGCUCUGGAUUGUGGGGAUUCUGAAUUCUCGUGGUGUCAAAGAGCUGUCAUGGCUUCAGACAGUGAGCACAGUGCUGAAGAUGGGCAUACUCGGUGUCAUUUCCCUCAGCGGCUUGAUCUUGCUGGUGAGAGGGAGGAGGGAGAACUUACGAAGGCUUCAGAAUGCCUUUGAUGCCGAGUUCCCAGAGGUCUCUCAGUUAAUAGAAGCUGUUUUCCAAGGAUACUUUGCAUUUUCUGGAGGGGGAUGCUUUACAUAUAUAGCAGGGGAGCUGAAGAAACCCAGCAAAACAAUUCCUAGAUGCAUCUUUACAGCACUGCCUCUGGUAACUGUGGUGUACUUACUGGCUAAUAUUUCCUACUUGACAGUUCUGACACCCUGGGAAAUGCUCUCUUCAGAUGCUGUGGCCCUUACUUGGACAGACAGGGUCAUUCCCCAAUUCACAUGGACUGUUCCUUUUGCUAUUUCUGCUUCACUGUUUAGCAAUCUUGUGAUUAAUGUACUUGAGUCAUCAAGAAUGUCAUAUAUUGCAAGCGAGAAUGGCCAGCUGCCCUUGUUGUUUGGUACUCUGAAUGUCCACUCCUCUCCCUUAAUAGCUGUACUACUAACUGUCAGUAUGGCAUCCAUUGCAGUUGUCUUAACAAACCUAAUUCAACUGAUAAACUAUCUCUAUUUUGUUGUUUCCAUUUGGACUGUCUUAUCAAUAAUAGGAAUCUUGAAACUGAGGUACCAGGAGCCCAAUCUACACAGACCAUAUAAGGUGUUUUUACCGUUCACAUUCAUAACAUUGGGCAUCAGCCUGAGCUUGGUUUUGAUCCCGCUUGUCAAGUCUCCAAAGAUGCAUUAUAUCUAUGUGUUCCUCUUCCUUCUCAGUGGGCUGCUGUUUUACGUGCCGUUGAUAUACUUUAAAUUGAAGUUGGUUUGGUUUCAGAAGUUGACUUGUUAUCUGCAGUUACUGUUUAAUAUUUGCAUCCCUGAUGUGUCUGAUGAGCACAUACAUGGAGAAAGUUGAGACAAAAGAGCCUUUGUAACCAUACCGUGUGAAGCGUAGAUAAAGGUUAAGUGUAGGCUAGAAUAGUAAUGAUGGCAACUCUAGAAAUGGAAAUGGUACCUAGAAAAGUCCCCAGGAAAUUCCUAGUUUUUAAAAUGUCAGAGGAAGUGGCUGGAGAGUUGGCUCUGCUGUUAAAGGCACCAGUUGCCCUUCCAGAGGGCUGAAGUUCAAUUCACAGGCCCCACAUAGAAGUUCAUAACUAUCUGUAAGUCUAGGCCCAGAGGAUCCAAUAUCCUCUACUGGAUUCUGCCAGCACUGAAUGCAUCUGGUGUAGAGACAUACAUGUAGGCACUCAUGCACAUUUACAGAAAGAAAGAAAGAGAGAAAGAGAGAAAGAAAGAAAGAAAGAAAGAAAGAAAGAAAGAAAGAAAGAAAGAAAGAAAGAAAGGGAAGGAAGAAGGAAAGAAAGACAGUAACAGUAAAGAAAGUAUUAUACAUAACUAAACUCUUUUUUAAUAAAAAAUAAAAUUUCUAGUUUGUAUAGCUUCAUGUAGUAAGAAUAUCUUUCUCAUUCUUCUGAUUAUCUCAUCGAUUUUCUACUGAAUGUAUUCUUAUAAUAAAAGUUACUGAUUGAAAUUAAAAA